UUUCUCGACGGAAACCGAAUCAAGGAAAUCCCUGAAAGAGGCUUCGAGAAUACGCCGAGUCUUGAAGUAAUGUACGUAACAACUAAAUCAUAAGCAUCAUUCAUCUUAUUGGUGCCUUUGUAUUGUUAACAUUUGUUCUUAAUUUACUCGUUACUUUACUUGUCAUUCUUCACCUAAAAUCCAGGUUUUUGUUCUCUUUUAGCUUGCUUCAAAAUAACAACCUAACGAGAAUCCCUGAUCAAGCAUUCAAGAAGCAAAACGCUCUCAGAGUAAUGUACGUACGAAAAUGAUUCCCUUUGGUAGUUGUCAUUAUUCGCUGUACCUUUUGUACAGUAACAUGGGAGGACCAUAGGUUUAGGGUUAUUUUAUUUUAAUAGAAGGAACCUAUUUCAAAAAUGCCGUAAAGUUUUUCAGAAACAAAAUAUUGCAUAUUCUUUCGUAAUAUGGAAGCAGCUUGUGGUACCCACACAAGCAAACGCUAAUCAACUAUAUAGAUUGAGUGCAAAGAUGAGCACUCAAAAUACGUACGCUGCACCAAAGUCGAUUUUCACAGUGCGAUACAAUCCCACCAAUUUAUUCAAUUAUAAUCCUAAUUAACAAGCAUUGGCUAGACAUAUCUCUUUAAAGCAUUAUACUACUGUUUAUUUAUUUUAAUCAAUUUUUCAAGGCGCUGAUAUCAGUUAACAUAAGAACUACUAAUAUUUAGUUGCAGCUAAAGUCCUACAAGCGAAUGUUCCGUUCAAAAACUUAUAAUUAAAAACAGCAAAUAAACUUUAAACCAAGAACUUUAACCCAUUACAAAGAAAUCCACAAAUUUAUCUACCAAACAUUAGGAGACCUCCACUUACCAAUGGAGGGAGGGGGAGGGUGAUUUAAGAAAAAGUAAUCUCGCAAACAGGCCUAAAAAUCUCAUUCAUUGAGCUAAAUAAAAAAAGUUAGAGAUGCAAGUAAAUGCAGGGGAUGUGUUGGUAAUUUUUCCAACCAGAGAUAGUCAAUUGUUUUCGGUUUGCACUAUUUGUUGUCAAAAUCCAUCGUGAAAGAGAUGCCUAUAAAGUUCAAACCUUUAAGUUUGCUAAUGUAAGAUCGAUGGAACGUAUAACAGUAGGCGUUGCUGAUAAGACCAAGGGAACGAAGAGGCGAAAACAACAACACGCGUUUGGUGUCUGAUAACAUUUUCCAUUUUCGGCGUUUCCUUAAAAAGCAUAAAUUAAAUUUGGAACUUACGUUAAAGAAAUUAUCAGCCACUUAAGCUUCGAUUCAGUCGUCUUUCCCCAGGGAGGAGGAAGAUCGGACCGAGAUUAUAGCGGUGGAAAUUCAGGCCCAUUUAAUUGCUUAACUAAGUUUGUAGAUGCCGAAUUCAUUUUGCAUAACGAUGUUUUAUAUAAUUACUUAUCACUUACCGCUACUUUUAUUUGGUUUUUGAACCAUGAGUCAUCCUUUGCAGAUUAUUCGGGUAAAAAAGGUUACGGGCAAUCUAAAUUUCUUAUUAUGAAUUAAUACACCUUAUUCCAAAAUGUUGCCAAUACUAGUGCAUCUUUUACAGGGAGUUGGAGGACCCCGGUAGGUGAUAUAACCCGCUAAGGUUGGAUAACCCCCCUGUCUAUGUAAUAUCUCAUUUUAAUUUGAACCAGGAGCCCAUACCCUGAAAGGAGCAACUUCCACGGCGUUUUCACGGACCAGUUUAUUUUCAGAACGGUUUGUGCGCGAAUUUAGAAUAUCUUUCAAGUCCCACAAACCAGUCAGCAAAACCUACAGACCUAAAAAUGAUAAUUUUUGCCUUUUCAUGACGCUACGUUUUCCUUUUUGAUAUCUUUAUACUUCGAAUGCGUUCAUAGCGUGGUGGAUAUUGCAUUUUCGCGAGAAAAAUUGCCCUAAAAUGUGUCUAAAAAUAGACCGGUCGGUAAAAACUCCGUGACAUAGACCUAGUGUGGUAGUUGCUCUCUCCGGGUUAUGGGCUGCUCUAUGAACACGUUGACAUGAUAGGUGGGGUCACCCGCUGAGGCGGGCUGUCCGGUCUGAAGUGCUGAAACAGUGAUAAUUUGUUUGAUUGAAUAGACUUCUUUAAAAUAAAUACAUAUUUUUAUUUUUUUGGACGAAAGACAGAACGUGAAACAGAAACCGUGAAUUUUUUUGGAAACACGGAGUUGUUUCCUUUGACUCAUGCUCAUUUCAGUUAAUCAGAACGCGGAGCGUACGAGGAGCGUGUGGGAAAAAGACUAGGACGAAUUUUGAUCGCUCCUUUUUUACUUAUUGACAAUUUUUUUUUUACUGAAUUUUAUUAGAGAAACAUUUUUAUGUAGUUUGAAUUGUAUUUUCAUGUGCUCAGCCGAUGUUAAUUGCGCGGAAUAGUUGCUUGAAAUUAAUUAUUUCCAAAAUUUAUUUACUGUGGUUACUUCUGCCGAAGCAACCACUUUGAUUGAAAAAUAGAUAAGCUUACAAUAGCGAAAGAAAAGAACAUUCAAUUCAUUUUUUUAGAACUGUGAUUUGCAUAACCUAGGUCUUACUGAGAACAAUUCGUGAUAAUCGUACCGCAUCAUGAACCAGCUAGUCCACGCAGUUAAUAUCUACUGAGCACAUGAAAAUAAAAUUCAAACAAAGAGUUGAAUCUCGAAUUUUGUUGGGAGGGCAGGGGGGGGGGGGUGCGUUCUACCGGCUUAAUUUAUCCUCUCAACAAUGCACUAAAGCAAUUAUGGUAAAACGUAAAUUGAGAUGUUUACAGUGACAUAAUUUCCUACUAAAAAAGGUAAAUUCUUCCAUUGAACUUUGACACAAACUGACCUUAAAAGUCUCAAAAAAAAACCCUGCUCCCUCAGUUCUGAUUCCUACCCGAGCGAGCACGGCACCCACGAAAAAUAGAGUCCUUAAAGCAAAGUUUCGUUGCUUGAGGGUGUCAUUUUUUCUCAGAGGGGUAAGUUAUUAUUUUUGAAACUCUUCCUUUGCAAUCUUAUCCUUUACAGUGUAUUUCCAAUUCGAUGACGCCAAAUUAAUUACUGAAUUUUACGCCACGAUGGCAUUGAGCAGCCACUUUUUCAAACCUUGAAAUAAUUUACCUAGGAGCAAAAAUAUUCCUUUCAGUACCCCUCUAAAUCACUCUAUGUACGUGCACCGCAAGUAAAAAUGCUUUCCCUUUGCAACGCGAAAAAUAGAUCCGAGGGCCCUUAAAUGAAAGUCUCGAAGUUAAGGAUCAAAGUCCAAUUGGGGCCUCGUUAAAAAGCUCGGAUUUUUUAUAGUAAAAACUCUUUACCCCAAAUUCGAAGCCGACUUUGGACGUAAUGAUUUUACUUAAAAACCAUUGUUUCUUGUAAACAGAAUGAUCGAAUCUUUCAAAAUACGACUUAAAGGGAAAGAAAACGUUAGUUUGAAGACAUUCAAAGACCAGUUACCCGCUUUUACGCGUAACUUCAGUUUCUAUUUAUGGAACAUUUCAGACCAUUGUUUCCAAUGAUUGUUAAACUUCUUUGUUCAAUGUUCUUUAUGGGACUUUUUCGGGUGUGUGACAAACCAAGACCAAGUGACGCAGCAUGUGAACGUUGGUAGAAUCAUAGUGAUAUAGAUUGUUUUAGCGCAUUUUUGAUCGACAGAAGGGCGAAUUGACCUUAAAAGGUUAACUCAUCUUGCUGCUUUCUUGUAAGUUGUAGCAAAAUACAUGUAUGAUGUAUAAGGCUCAGUUUGAUUUAGGUCUAGGUCUAGGUCUAGGUACUCAUACGAAAACUCCCUUUAACAGAGAUAUUUAGUUCCUUUUCUUGAAGGUUGAUUCUUUAUAGUCUCAGUCUUGCCAUUUUUUCGGGUUGAUGAUCACUAUUUUCGAGCCAAAUUUCUCGAUGAUUUUAAUUUCCAAUAUGAUUUCGUGUGGACUGUCAAUGUUCUUUUGAAGGGAGACUGCAGUGUCAGUGUUCCCAGGAAAACGUUGACACUAAACGAAAAGGUGUAAUUAUCAGCGAAGAUAUCGACAAUAGCUGAGGGUAUCUGGUUGAUGAAAGUAAGAAAUAAAAGGGGGCCAAGAAUGCUUCCUUGAGGGACCCCAUUGUGUAACCCUAAGGAUGGUCGAGCUGGUGCCGUUUAUGCGGACAUACUGCUUUCGAUUAGCAAGGUUUUCUAAACAAUUGCAAGUUAAAAUCAUCAAUUUAAUAUGCCUUCAGUUUAGCAAGAAGAAGGUCAUGUCUUGUUAUAGUCACAUAUGACCAGCCACAUUAUUGUUGCAAUAUCAAAGAGCAACUGGUUCUACACUGUAAAUCGGUCGGAUCAACUUGGUGCAGUUUCGGUUGAAUUUUCUUUUUUCGAAAACCAGACUGCAAUCAGACAGGCCUUACAGCAGGUUAUUUCUAGAAAGGUACGAGUACACUGAGUCAUACAUAUGCCUCUCAAAGGUCUUGGAUCGAAUCAGAUAAUUAGAAAAUUGGAGAAUGUCGGAAAAUUGUAUUAUCCGUUCUUACGCUGACAACCUCUUAAAAUUCCGCGUGGAAUUUUGCACGCCAAGCAAAGUGAAAUGUAAACGUUUGAAAACAUUGGGAUUUUUCUUUAUAAUUUUUUUUUCGCCGCUAUCGCCUUUCCUUUAAAUAACAACAUUUGUUUGUUUUUUUUUUUUCAGAAUGCUUUCAGAUAACCCAUUGGAGGUUAUUGGAUCACAUGCAUUUACAGUUCCAACAAAUGACCUAUUAGUGUAGGUUUUCGAAGUAUUAGAGUAUUGAAAUAAAGGAAAACGAUUUUUUCCUUUCCUUUUUUUUUACUCUACUUUGUAAUAUAUGAUUUCUGGAAUAUAUCCUUGGUUUCCAAUAUUAUCUAUAAAAAUUCUGAAAUAAGCUCUUGUUUUCCAGAACGCUUUUUUUGACUUCAUAAUUAAGCGAGCAACUAAAAAACCCCGAAAGCUUUUUCUAUUUCAGCUGCUGUACAUCAACUUAGAUGUAUACCUGCUUUUCGCUGUGUUGCGUAUUGUUUUUUAUGUGUUAUUUUUUAUGUCCUGAAUAAUGUAACACUUGGCUGACGUCACAAAUCAUAACGAUCACCGCAAAAUCAGAUAACGAGAUUGUAUGUUACGGAUGGAUCAAGGUUCAUUUUUACUUUUUCAUAAUUAACAAAUAAAGAAGCAUUGCCUUUACUCUUUUCUAUCGUAAAGCACGCAGGAAGCGGCUAGAAGUACGAAAGAAGUGUAGGGGGAAACACGUUUCUCCGUCCUACUUCUGUUGUGCUCUAGCCGCUUCUUAAGUGGUUUACAACAGAACAGAACACAGGCAAGCUUCUUUAUUUGCUUUAUGAUAAAGAAUCCGUUAAAGCGUUAAAUUCCCCAGGCAUUGCUUUCUAUUUUCUAAAACAGACUUUAUUUUCACAGGGGACCAGAGUGUCGUCAGCAUGUUCUACUCUGACUCAAAAAACACUCUAGAAUUAGCUAAUCACAAUCAUUUUUACACUGCAAGAAAAAUUUGAUUUACACCAAAUUUAUAUACUGGGAGAAAGUAUGAUGCAAAAAGUGCAAACUAAGGUUAAAUCGAGGUCAAAGAUGGUAAUUAUACCGCAUUUACCCACGAAUUUACAGCCCCAUGUAAACUGGUACUCUCCACAUAAAACAUGCUUUUUCAACCAAUCUUAUGGCGUGUUGUAUCGGAACUUUAUUAUAAUAAAUGAUAAAUAACAGGUGGCUUAGGUGGAGAUCUCUCGAACAAGGGCAAAAAAUGCACGAAAGAGACAAAAGCGAUAAAAUAAGGAAGGCGAAGAAGCAAAAAAAGGCCUAGAAUGAAUUAAUAAAAGGAGAGAACUUUUCAAGAUUAAACAGGUUUGAAAAGAUAAAAGUUUGGUAAUAAUGAAGUCUCUCAAAAUAAAAUCCAUGCAUAUCUGUGAAAUACAGUGCUGUGGAUCAUGAUUUAGAGAUUCAUUUCAUCAAUUAAAACCCUUAUUGUCAGUAGUCCUAUUUUUACGCUGACCCUAUAUGCACUUUACAACUAACUGACCGGCCAGGCCAUUCCCGUCGUAAUGAGAAUUUCACUUUUAAUCAAAACUAUCCAGCCAGAUCAGUCAAAUCCUAAAUAGCAUGCACGAAGGAAAUAGUUUGGAAAAAGUCUAUUUCAUUUUCAAAAUGGCCUGUCCGUCCAUGGUCCGAACGGCCAGGUCUGACUUUUGGAGAGCGCUUUAAGUUAAACAGACGAAAUAAAAGAAUACUACUACUUUGAUACAAAUUAAAGUUCUUUUAUUAUUCCUCGUAGAAGGAUCUCUCCCAAUGGUAACUGAAAUUGUCAAAGUUGCCAACAAGAAGAUGCGUCAGGCUUGAGAAAACAAAUGCAAGCGAAGUAAAUUUUCGCACUCCCUUUUAAGUCUAUCCUUCCUCUCCUUUUUUUCUAGCGUGAAAUGUUUUUCAUUUGAUUUUAUUGGUGCUGCCCUGACACUAGUUCAAAUUAAAUUAAAUUAUUUGUUUAGAAGAAAACUUUACAUUGGAGAUCCUGACGUAAGAUUCUACCAAAUCAAAACGGUGGAAAUGCGGUGAUCUAUUAUAUUAUAAUCAACGCUUCUUCCAUUUUCUUUAAGAUACAUGAUACGAACAAACAUAAAGACAGCUAGCCUUACAUCUUUCCACGGAAUUAAGGAACAUUUCACGACUAAAAUGUAAGUACGUUUCAUAUGUAAAUUAUACUUGCAGUUGAAUAUCACAACAAUGUCUUAGACUCACAAUUGAAAAAAAAAAUUGAGACGGUAAGGAAAAAAGCGCCUUUUACAGUUCGUCUGGCCUUUUCCGCGAUCUCAACUAGUCGAAACGAGCGAAAAGAAAGUCAAAACUGGAUCACAAAGGUGGACAUUGAGAGCUAGGAAGGGAGGGCCGUAUUUUUUUGUGACGCUAAAUCUUUUCUUCAUUCGCCAUCACUAAAUGGUGUGUUGAAAGCAAUACAAAUAUCUCGUCUAGUUUUGUAACAAAAGCCAUAAAGUGAUGAGUUUAAUACUGCGGAUCACUGCGAUGUAGCAAAUAUUUACUGAAGUACAUUUUUCAACUUUUUUAUUGUUCAGAGGGAAAAAUUAAGAUUUCAGUUGCUCUUUUGUUAAAAAAGGGAUACUAUCAAGCUAAAUAGCUGCACAGAGGUUAAUCUUUUGACUUCCUGUACAAAAAAGAACGCCUGUAGUUUCCUGCUACCUAGACUCACCUAGGCAAACGGUUGAUUUUUCCCGCUUCAUCAAUGGCGCACAGAGACAAUACAUGUGCGGCGAAACUUUGCUUUGUACUUUUUCCCUUUUCCUCGCUAUUUUACCGUUUUCUCUCGUCAAAUACAGUACAAUUGGACAGUUUAUUUACAAAAAUGCUAAAAACGUGUACGUGUCUGUCAGUCUGUAAAAUUCGCCUUUUCCCUGGUCCAGAUUUAAGAGAAAAUUUGCAAAGCACAAUAACUUUCGCGGAUUCAAAAACAGAAAACAAACCUGUAAAAGCUUCCACAACAGUUCCGCCGGGACCUGAUUGUAUCAGUUGCAUAUUUUUUCAGUUUACAAACUUAGCGAUUCUAAUCGUCACUCUACCGCUCUUUUUCAAUAGAAGUUUGGAAGAAGGAAAAAUUGGGAUUAUGGCAUUCUGGGAUGGAAGAUUCAACUACACAGUUCGUCUGUGAGUGAAUUAGUAUGAUAACAAAGAUAUCAGAAAUAUGAAUAUUAUGUGCAGCUAUUUUUGUCUUCAUCAUUAGCCCCUAGAUAGCGAUUACUUAGUCUUCUUUUUUCUUAUUUUUCACUUUAGCGGCGUAGGGCAUGAUGAUUCUGAAUAUAUCGACGUCUCCUCUUUCACAGAAUGGUCUUGGAUUAAUGACCAACUACUACCAGCUUUCAAACAAUCUGGAUUUGCCAAUCAAAGUCUUGGCAAAUACAAAUUACUUCCAUGUUCACUGGGGUGGUUCGUUAAUGCCUCCUCUGAAGGCAAUAAAUGCAUAGAGUGUCCAGCAGGUAACUUAGUUCUUAGUGUAACUGACAAUACAUCUUUAAAUCGUGGAGAUUCCCUUGAUAUGGACAAUCUGCUCUCGUUGUUUAACGUGAACUUUAUAGAGCAUCAGAUGAAGUGUUUUCCUUUCUUAAGAGAAUACUUAAAUAAAGCAGAGAGAUCUUUCGGAUGUCUACAAUUUUUUUUAACUAAAGAACAGUCCUCGCCGGCCAUUUUUUGGGUCUGAUUGGAAAGCAAGUAUCAGGAAAGAAAUCCAGUUCCGGUAGUCUGACAGUGACGAUGUUGAUCCACUAAAAUAGGAUAAUCAUAAUAUUAGUAAUUAUAAAUACAGUAACAGUUUCAGGUAUUGGAACUGCUUUUUAUCCACGAUAAUUGAGGCCGCCAUCUUUUUAAAUUACCUGACUACUGUUGACUGCGAGUUACAAAAUGAAUCUAACAUCCUGCUCGAAUCCCCAGCUAAUAUGAAGCAAACGUUUAAUUGUUUUGAUUGUACCAUGUGAAUAGGCUUCAGUAGCCUAAACUAAUGUGCGUUAUCUCAGUAGGUUUUUUUUGUUAGCUGCUUGUCUCGCUAAAAACAAAACAACUUCUGGGACAAGGUUUAAAAUUACGUUGCAACUUGCCUGUCUACCCUCUGAUAAUCUAUAAACCUUACUAAAAUAGGAGAGCCGACCUUUCAAGAACCUUGGUUAAACUGUAUUCCUUCAUUUUUAAACCUGUUUUGUAGGCAAAAAAAGUGCCCCUUCCUAAAGAACAAGACAGGCUAACGCUAUCGCUAAAAACUUCGCACAGUUUUAGUACCUCUUCAGCUUAACAGAUUAACGUGAUGAAAUGUCAUUUAUGACCUUAUGACGUUAUCAGUGUAAAAGUUGACAUUUUUCACCAUUAGACACAUUUUUCUCGUCCUUAGAAUCCAAUUUCGUUGAUGGUGUUAUUUACAACAACAACAACAACCGUAUUUAGUACUCCACAUUGAUUUACAUUGUAUAAAAAAUACUAUUGAAUAUAUAGAGAAUAUAGGCUGCCCAUAAUAACCAUUGAGGGUUAAAAAGAUAGGGCAGCCUUACAUAGGUUAUUAAUAAAUGUUUUUAUUAAGGGUUAGGUACACACACGACACACAGCUACACAAAACACACACACACAAAAGGGAAAAAACUAGUAAAUAAAACGAAGAAGAAAAAUUUUUGCACUACUUCUUAAGCUUGAUCAAACGAAGAUUCCCGGCCCUAUAAAUUCACUUUUGCCCUCGUGGAGAAAGUGUGGGUAAAAAGGGAAAAAACGUCAAGUACUCACAUUCUCAUUGGGGUCAAGUCCCGUUAGAGUGGACACGCUCGGGACCACGGGUCAGGGGAGCAAGGAGAAAUUUCUUUUAAAAACUUUGGUUUAUACAUUAACGUGUUAAGAAUUAGAUUUGGUGUAGAAACAACUUUAGCUGACAAAUUAUUUGGAUGGACUGGACGAACUUAUUAAUGGUAGCAAGACUAGUCUGCUGGCCUAAAGAGGUGGAGAAGAUGGAAUUUCAAUUGAUACACCGCAACAGAAGAAAAGCGAUAACCUGAAGAAAGAGAAAUUAGAUGUUUUAAAAGAGAGAAACCAAUGUUACCGCUAUUAAAUGUUGAAAGAUCCCGCUCUUUUUCCAUCAAAAUGAGAGUUAAAACAGUACAAAUUUGUUGUCAGGGUCGAUAAAAAGUGUGUCUGAAUCCUUCAAAUGUUUUAGUCCGCAAACGCCUGUAAUCUUUGCCGGGGAUUUCGGUACAAGAGAGAUGUUACUAACAGCGACGCGGCCUCAACGCGAGAGAAUUGACUUUAUUUCUAAGAAUUUUAGCAGUGAAAUGCCGUUUUUCUUUCUACUUGAAAGAAUUGUGAAAUUAAAGAUCAAAACAUCACAAGACGGUCAUUUUGAAUUUCGACGCUGAGUUAUUCCGACUCUCAAGCCUAUAGUUGCCUUGUUAACAAUAUAUAACGUCAGCAAAGAUAUUAUAGUAAGGUUUUUCUUAAAAAAAAAAAAAAAACAAGCAAACAAACAAGAAAACGAACGUGCAAAAAAAAACAACAAAAAAACAAAAAAUGACUUAAGAUUGAUAAUGUGCCUACCUGCCUACUUGCUUUAAAGUCCAACUAAAAUGUCAAAUCCAAAAUUAAAGUAUACUUUCUUGUGUGAAAAGGGAAACAAGGCAGAGAAAAACACAAGCGAGAUAUAUUCGAAUUUUUUUUUUUGGCUUACACACAUUGUCCAUUUCGUUGGACUCUCGUCAUUGUCAAGUCAAGCCGGUUGUCGAAUUUCUUUUUCUUUUUGCCACCCCACGUGGCUAGCUAAGUAAAGAAAGGAGAUUUAUUUAGCCUUGAACAUGGAGUUAUAUUUGAGCUUUACACAAAGUUAUCAAGUUUUUCGUCUACACAAAGUAGUGAAAUAGACGGAUGCGCUUUCGAACAGAUUCAGCGUUUCAAGGCCUCGGCGACACCUGCACCCAUAACAACCCUAAUACUUUCUCCUUUUGGGUGUGUGAAGUUUACAUGUAAGACAGAAGCUGAUGUUUAGUAUAUACAUUUUAUUACUGGACACAAUACUUUUCCUUAUGGCUCGGUGAAGAGACCUAAACUCCUGGGAAAAAGAAAACAAAAACUAUACAUCUCAAAAGGUGUGUAAUAAAUUAAACUUUAAUUGCAAGGUUUGCAUGAGCUCAAUCAGUUUUUCUUUCACGGGGCAGUUGAUAAAAUUUAUACUGUCAUAAGUCAAUUCAAUAUUUUUGAGAGUUUAGGUUCCCGUUAAAAAUCCCACUAAGUUUUCUUUUAUAUUAUUUUUACUUCUUAAUUUCCUUUGGUAGUGAUCCAUUUUUUUAUCCUUUCUUCUUCCAGGAGGUUUCUACUCAGACCAGCUGGCUUUCGUAAAUGACAGCUGCCUUCACUGCAAAAAUGGGACUUUUGUCCAUUACAAUAAUGCUCCAGGGAAAAGUCCGUUUGAUUGUAAGGCAUGUCCAGAU